CACACCUACCUGAUGCACACAAACAUCGUGACAACGUAUUAUUGGCGCCAUUGUCGACCAUCCUAAAAUUCUAACCUGUAGCUGUGUUUCUUUGCUCUUGCUUCGUUAAUGUUUUUUUCUCUCAACGCUCGUGUAGUGAAACCGAUGCCGGCUUUUUAACGUCGUUCGCAUUGUGCUCUUAACGUACCUGUGUUAUGAAAUAAAAUUUCUGCUGUGAUUUUCUCGUAUGUCGAUAAUUGUUUGAUUCUAGAUAGGUAUCUACGAAUUUUUUUUCGGGAAUUUAGUUAUUUACGCCCGUUGUGAAACGCCGCUCCGCUGUGCUUAGCGACAUAACCAACAACCACCAUGUCCGACAAUCUCCCGUCCACCAAACUUGUGGAGCAAGACACUAUGAAUUUGAAUAUUUCUGAUCCAACAUGUUCAUUUGAAGUAAUUGGUCCUCAGACUACAAUAAACGAUGACUCCAACUAUGAUAAUAUCCAGAAUAGUGCAUGUAGUAAAACGAUGGCAGUGAAGACAGGUAACCAAAAAUCAGAAUGUGAUAUCAUUUCAUCCAAAAAUAAAAAUAUCAGAUGUAGUGAAGAAAAUCUAAACCAUAAUGAUAGCACAAUGAGAGAAGUCUUAUUUAGUGAUGGCAACAGUUUGGAAAUGAAUGACAUAUUAAGUGAUGACAAUGACAGCGAUUGGGAAGAUAUUGAUGACAAUGAUGGUGACAAUAAUGACAAUGUUUUAUUAUGUGAUGACAAGGGUUUAGAAAAUAUGCAUUACAACAAUGAUCCUAACUUUUUAAUUGACGACAGCGAUUGGGAAGAUAUUGAUGACGAUCAUGAUUCUGUCUUUUUAAGUGAUGUCAACAGUUUGAAAAAUAAUGAUGACCAUAAUGAUGCUGCCAUAUUAAGUGAUGACAAUGACAGCGAUUGGGAAGAUAUAGAUGACAGCGAUUGGGAAGAUAUAGAUGACAGCGAUUGUGCUGAUGAUAACAUUGUUUCAAUAAGUAAUGGCAGCCGUUCGGAAAAUAUUGAAGCAUCAUCAAAUAAUACACAAAAUGAUUCGCCAAUAGACCCUAUACUGUCAACAUUGAAUUUUGAACAAGCAAAAGUAUAUAAUUAUAUGAAUUCAAACCCCAAAAUACAAAGUUUGAUAUAUGAACGUUCUUGUGAUGAUACUAUUGUGAUGUAUAAUAGCGAUGAAAUUCUUGAAAUUCUUGAAGCUAGACGAGUUUUAGGUGGUAAAUCGUUUUUUUUAGUCAAGUGGAAAAAUUGGUCAGUAGGAUUUAAUACAUGGGAAUGUUAUGCAGCUCUACAUAAAUCGCAACAACACAUUAUUGAUUGUUUUGAUAAAAAACGAGUUUUUAAAACACCCAUAAAUAUAAUGCAUCUAAUGUUAAAUAGACACAUUAUUACAGAAUUGUUUGAAGCAUUCAGAACUCCGACUGGAUUAUCUUUCCCAUCAUAUUCUCUUGAUUGUGUUUCUCAUUUAUUGAAUACUCUUGAAUACCCUGAACAUGAUGAAACAUUGCGAAAAAAGUUCAUAAGAUCAUAUUUGUCAACAAUAUCUUUAGACUUUUUUAGACAACUGCAAUUUCAAAGUCUCAGACAGUGGGAAAUAGAUAUAAAUGUAAUUUCAAUAAAUUUCAAUGGUCAAAAUAUUAAAGUAGAAAAUAACAUGGACCUUGAAGAACCACCGAAUUCAUUUGUGUACAUACCUAAUUGUACUACUGAAGCCAAAAUUAUCGUCCCAGGAAAUCCUCCAUCAGGUUGUCUUUGUAAAAAAGCCUGUCAAUCUUCUACUGAUUAUUGCAACAAGAUCUCUCAUGCUUAUGAUAUGUACAAGAAAUUAAUAGUAUUCUCUGAUUGUCCAAUAUUUGAAUGUAAUAAGGAAUGUAAAUGUAUGUCAUCUUGUAUUAAUAGAGUAGUUCAACAUGGUAGCAAUGUGAAAGUUUGUAUUUAUAAAUCUAGGUUCCCUGGCUGGGCAUUAAAGUCUUAUGAAACCAUUGAAAAGGGUCAGUUUGUAGGCAUAUAUGCUGGUGAAAUUAUUACAGUUAAAGAAUAUAAUCAACGUUUACAAAAUUCUUCAUCUUCUAUCGAUUACACAUGGGAAAUUGACUUCAACGAUACAAAUAAUUUUAAAUGUGUUGUUGAUAGUACACAUUAUGGCAAUUUCACAAGAUUCAUUAAUCAUUCAUGUGAGGCAAACUUGAGUAUGCACACUGUGUGGAUUGAUUGCUUGGGUUCAUAUUUUCCACAAUUGGCCUUAUUUGCUAAAAGAAAUAUUUUUGCUGGGGAACAACUUACUAUUGAUUACUUUAUCAGGAGAAGUAAAGAUUCUUUGAAAGAGAGUGGUAUUAAAUGUCAAUGUGAGAUGAAAAACUGUAAAGGCUAUUAUUUUUAAUGAAUAAUUUUAGUUUUAAGAAUUAAAUAUACGUGUAGUUAUGAAUAAUGAUAUUUUAUUUUCAUAGAAAACA